AUGUCUUCGCAGAUACCGACAUCUAUGAGCGCAGAGCAGCGUGCCAAUCGGGCAGCUGAGGAAUUGGCGUCUCGUGUGGCCCAACGCUCCACAUUGUCGAGCAACGCCGCCCCAUUUGUCCCAUCUUUUCUUCAAAAUCAUGGACUAACAACAGCAACAACAACAACAACAACAGCAACAACAGAGUUAACACCAGAAGAGAAAUCUGCAGAGGACAGGAUAAUAAUGCAGCAGGAGAGUUUUGUCCGUGAACUGCAGGAGCUGUACGAUGGCGCUGGGGCCCACACGCAGUUGCCGUCGGCCUCCAGCGUGGCGGCGACGAUGGCGGUGGCCACGACAGCCCUCAAGACGUUUGGGGACAUGACGGAGGAGGAGCUGCAGAUGUUGGAGGAGUACUUGUGGGACCCCGCACAGGGCGGGGAGGGCGAGGAGGCCGCGGAGGACCGUCUCUUUGUCCAUCAAGAUGACGGAAUGCAGCCGGAUGAAGAGGAAUGGCUUAUUCAGCAAAUGAUAGAAACAGAUGAAGUGGCAAGUAGGAAGAAACAAGAUGCGCAUGAAAAAAUAGUAGAGAGUAAGCAAAAUGUGCCACACAAUUCUUGA